AUGUCUUUCCACGCUUCAGCUGAGGAUAUCCGUCUUGACGACGGCCACAUGCUUCGGGCCCGUCUUAGGAACGAAAAUGGGGACCUGGUUGAUGCCGAGUUGGACCUCAACCACUACAUUGGGAACGAUAACGGCUGUUUCGAGUGGGGCGGUGUGAACUUCUCCGAGAGCGCCGAGGGCAUCACCUUUGCGAUCGAAGGUGGCGACUCAGUCCCCGUCCUUCGCGCCGGUCUCAAGGACCUCGACGGCAAUGUGCAGUGGAGGGACCUGAACCUGGGCGAGCGCAUUGGCAACAUUGAUGGCAACUUCCAGUUCGGUAAGUGGAUUAUACUAGCAUCCAGGUAA